AUGUUCAAAUCUCCCUACACCAUCGAUAUCCCCCUGAUCGAUGUCAACACCUUUGUCUUCCAGUCUGGGAGUAAAUCUUCACGGGAGGCAGCUCAGUACUUCGACGCCGAUAUACCUGCCAAAUGUUUUAGUCUAGCCCAAGCUGAAAUCUAUUCCAAAAGAGUGGCUCUUGGAUUGCAACAACUCGGGCUUCGAGCCGAUGAGCGACUACUACUAUACUCCAACAAUCGACUUUUCUUUCCAGUCGUGAUUUGGGGAACAAUCGCCGCGGAAUGCAUUUUUACUGCCGCCUCUCCGUCGGCUUCUGUGUCCGAACUGGCUUACCAGAUGCGGGAUUCCGGGGCAUCAUUGCUGCUCACGGGGCCGGAUGGGGUCGAUGUUGCUCGCAAAGCUGCUUCGGAAGUCGGAUUACCGCAGGACAGGAUUUUAGUAUUCCAUGAUCCCGAUGAGGACCUCUCAUCGCACAAUCUUCACGGUUUGGUAUCAUGGACAAACAUCUGGGCGUCUGAAGACGCUGUUCGACAUUGGUCGUGGAAGCGUCUAACCACCCUCGAAGAAGUCGACGGAAAGACCGCAAUUAUCAAUUAUUCCAGCGGGACCACUGGGCUGCCAAAAGGGGUGCAGAUAUCUCACUAUAAUCUCGUCUCCAACUCCGUACAGCUUCUAUUCAAACGGGCUCUGACUGGAAGCACACCACGAGCACGAGCUCGAAAGGAACGACUCGACAUCUCUGGCGAGCGAUGGCUCGCGCCUCUGCCUAUGUAUCAUGCCUAUGGUCAAACUUAUUAUGGUAUAAAUGCCGCAGUACUGGGAGCGAAAGUGUUCAUAAUGUCAAAAUUCAAUGUUACAAGGUACUUACAGUACCUUGACGCCUAUCGCAUCACGUACAUGACAGGCGUGCCGACCGUCAUCGCAAUGUUGUGCAAGCAAGACGCUCCCGAACGAUAUAAUCUAAAAUCUAUCGAGCAAGCUGUGAGCGGCUCGGCGCCUCUUGAUCCUAAAUUAGGGAAACUUCUUGCCAGGCUGUAUUUCCGACCGGGUGUACAGGUCAAGCAAGGAUGGGGGAUGACAGAGUGCACCUGUUCCGCAACCGGUUUCUCCCCAGACGAGGAAGAUGAUGGACGCUCAAUUGGCUGGCUGAAUCCUAAUUGCGCAGCGAAGAUUGUCCCUGUAGAUGAGGAAUUGACCACUUCUACCACUCCUGGGCAGAAAACUGGAGAAUUAUGGGUAUCUGGGCCGAAUAUCAUGAAGGGAUAUUGGAACAAGCCUGAGGCAACUGCACAAACCAUUGUCCACGAGGACGGCUAUCGUUGGUUGAGGACCGGUGAUAUUGGUUACUGCGAUGAUCAAGGAAAGCUCUAUAUUGUUGAUCGGCUAAAGGCAAGUAUUCAAUCGGCAAAUCGGAAAGAACUUAUCAAGAUCAAGGGCCUUCAAGUUUCGCCAACCGAACUCGAGUUGGCACUUCUCAACCACCCUAAAGUCACAGACGCCGCCGUUGUGGGCACCAUGAUAGACGGGGAGGAAUACGUUCGGGCGUUUGUUGUCCGCAAGGACGAUACACUCGACGCCAAAGAGCUCUUCGAGAUGAUCCAGAAGAACUUUGCUCGCCACAAAUGGCUAACUGGAGGAAUAUACUUCAUAGAUGCAAUUCCGAGAACAGGUAGCGGAAAGAUUAUGAGGCGAAAGCUGCCUCAAGUGACAUCGACCCGGCCUUUGAAGCUGUGA